AACGCCGCACAUCAGCUGGUGCCCGGGACACUUUCUCACUCAUUGAUGUGUACUCGCCUUCGCUCUGUCCAUCAUGCGUGUGGGAAGGGACGCCUCUCCAGAGGAAAGGGAAUUUGAUUACCAACAUGCAUAAUUGUGGAAUAAACAAAUCCGACACAGAUCCAGCUGCCGCUGCCGCUGCCGCUAGCUCGCUAGGUAGCUAGCCACCGUAGCUCAGCAGCCCGUGGGAAAAGAGCUAACCGUGGCUACCUACAGUUAACCUCCAAGACGUGGGAGUUGAUCAUUACUAUUACCUGGCUGCCAAGCCAGCUAGUUGCUUAUUUUUGUGUAACGUAAAGGGACAAAAUGGAACUGUUCCAAGCCAAAGACGAUUACAUUCUCCAAAGCGGGGACCGUGCUCUGUGGUACAGCCGAAAAGAUGGGACCAUGACCGUCAGACCUGCAACAGACCUGUUGUUGGCUUGGAAUCCAGUGUGUUUGGGUUUGGUGGAAGGUCUCAUUGGAAAGAUACAGCUUCACACAGAUCUUCCUCUCGGCCUCAUAUUAAUCCGCCAGAAAGCACUGGUGGGCCAUUUACCAGGCAACCACAAAGUCUACAAGAUCACCAAGAUAGCUGUCAUUCCUCUGUCUGACGAAGAGCCUCAGGAGCUUGAGCUGGAGCUGUGCAAGAAGCAUCACUUUGGAAUCGACAAACCAGAGAAAGUGGCCCAGUCUCCCGAUGAGUCAAAGUUUUUGAUGAAAACUUUUAGUCAGAUCAAAUCUAAUGUGGCUGUUCCCAUCAAGAAAAAGGUCAAGGAAAACAAAGAGAAGGAGCGGUUGGAGAGGCGGCUGCUGGAUGAGCUGUACAAGAUAUUCAUGGACUCUGACUCCUUCUACUACAGCAUGACCUAUGACCUGACAAACAGUGUGCAGCGUCAAGGAGACUCUGAUAAGACCAGCUUACCCCUAUGGAAACAGGUGGAUGACCGUUUCUUCUGGAAUAAACACAUGAUCCAAGACCUUAUUGACCUUCAGGUCCCGGAGGUUGACUUCUGGGUGAUACCAAUCAUCCAGGGGUUUGUACAAGUGGAGGAACUGGUGGUGAACUACAACGAGGCAUCCGAUGAGGAGAGGAGCAGCCCCGAGACCCCACCACAGGAGGUCACCUGCGUCGAUGACAUCCAUCCUCGCUUCACGGUGGCUCUGAUCUCCAGACGUAGCCGCCACCGCGCAGGGAUGCGGUACAAACGCAGAGGAGUGGAUACUGAUGGUCAUGUGGCUAAUUAUGUAGAGACAGAGCAGUUGAUCCAUGUGCACAGCCACACUCUUUCCUUUGUGCAGACUCGUGGCUCUGUGCCUGUCUUCUGGAGCCAGGCGGGGUACCGCUACAACCCCCGGCCACGCUUAGAGAAAGGAGAGAAGGAGACCAUGUCUUACUUUGCAGCUCACUUUGAAGAACAGCUUAAACUCUACAAGAAGCAGGUCAUCAUUAACUUAGUGGAUCAAAGUGGACGAGAGAAGCUAAUUGGCGACGCAUAUCUGAAGCAAGUCCUGCUUUACAACAACCCAAACCUCACAUAUGUUUCAUUUGACUUCCAUGAGCACUGCCGAGGUAUGAAGUUUGAGAACGUACAAAUACUGACAGAUGCAAUUUCCGAUAUCAUCACUGACAUGAAGUGGGCCUGGGUGGACCAAGCAGGAGUCAUCUGCAAGCAGGAGGGAAUCUUCAAAGUCAACUGUAUGGACUGUCUUGACAGGACCAAUGUGGUUCAGGCUGCUAUCGCUCGGGUAGUGAUGGAACAACAGCUGAAGAAACUGGGUGUGAUGCCUCCAGAGCAGCCUCUCCCUCUCAAGUGCUACAGGAUUUAUCAGAUUAUGUGGGCCAACAAUGGAGACACCAUCAGCAGACAGUACGCAGGCACAGCAGCGCUCAAGGGAGAUUUCACCAGAACGGGGGAGAGGAAACUGGCUGGUGUGAUGAAGGAUGGCGUGAACUCGGCCAACCGCUACUAUCUAAACCGUUUUAGGGAUGCUUACAGACAAGCAGUCAUUGACCUAAUGAUGGGCCUGCCAGUGACUGAGGACCUCUACUCCAUCUUCAGUAAAGAGAAGGAGCAUGAAGAGAAAGAAAAAGAGAGCCAAAGAGGAGCUCAGGAGCAGGUCAGCCUCCUGCUUCAGACGUACAUGCAGCUUUUGCUGCCAGAUGAUGAGAACUUUCACGGUGGAUGGGCCCUCAUCAGUUGUGACAUGAGCCUCACUGAUGCAACCAACAAAGAUGUGGAUGUGCUGCUCCUUCUGUCUGACAAAGCAUACUACAUUGCAUACUACGAUGAAGAAGCAGAUAAAGUCAAUCAAUACCAGCGCCUCAAUUUAGAGGGUUUGGAAAAGAUCGAAAUUGGUCCAGAGCCUACUCUGUUUGGGAAGCCAAAGUUCUGCUGUAUGCGUUUGCAUUACAGGAAUGAAGAGACGAGUGGAUACUUUCACACGCUGAGAGCAGUAACACGUAAUCCUGAAGAUGAUGGAAAAGAUACAUUGCAAUGCAUAGCUGAGAUGCUUCGCAUAACAAAACAGGCCACAGGGUUGGACCUGCUUGUGGUUGAAAAGAAGCUGGAGAGGCGACAGAGUAGACCUCACGAGGAUAUAAUGGGGAUCCAGAACAAACCUGCUGAUCAGAUCCAGGGUAGCUCCGGUUUGGCGCAAGGCAAAAGUUUCCUCCUGAACAAAUUCUCCUCUCUCAAUCAGAAAGUUAAACAGACCAAGACAAAUGUAAACAUUGGCCCCUUCAAGCCCCUGGGGAAGCUGGGCAACUUCUCUAAGCCUGAUGUAAAAGUCAAUUUCCUGAAACCAACUAUGCAUGUCAACCUGUGGAAGUCAGACAGCAGCUUGGAGACAUCAGAUAACAACCCUGGCACAGGACCCUUGAAAGACAAUUGCGACGAGCACUCUGAAAUCUCAGACGACUCGGAUUCCUAUAAUUCUGACCCAGAGCACCCGUGUUCUGGUUCUUUAGAAAACGUGGACUAUGUGCUGCCCAGCUGUGGCAUUGUAGCAUCAAACCCACGACUGGGCAGCCGCUCCCAGUCCAUUGGUAGCGUGGAGCUAAAUAUCCCCUCUGUUAUCCGGGUCACUGGCUGUGACGGAACGCAGGAAAUCUCCUCUCAAGUCAACGAUGACAAGUCUCCAGGUGCCGCCUCGGUGGCCGAGGAAGCCAUUCUGAUUGACUUUGGUACUCCCAUUGAUGCCUACUGCCACCAGUUUGUCCAGGAUGCCCAGACCAAACCUGUUGAAGUGUUUGGAGAGCACCCGCCAGCUCCUGUACCUCCACUCAACCCUGUGGUGCCUGUCCAGAGUAAGACCCCAGCAGACUCAGACAAGCAGCCAAGCUCUGAGCCACAGCAUCAGCAGGAAGAGCCCCAGCUCCCCAGGCCAUCCCAACUAGACGUCCAGUCCACUACCUCCGGUUCCAACCUCCUCACCGUCCAGAAGCCCAGCUCUGCGGUCUCAGGAGGCUCUCAAAGGAGUCUGUCUUCACAGAUGGAGGGCAGCCUCGGCCCUUCACCUGCUGACAGCAACGGCAGCCGAGUGGUGUCCCCCUUUGCCAAGAUCAAGAGCUCCAUGGUCCAGGUGGCCAGCUUUACCCAGGCGGGACUCACCCAGGGCAUCAACUUUGCUGUGGCAAAGGUACAGAAGAGCCCCGAGCCAGAUACUGUCAACGAGGCCCAAGAGAGCGAGCUGAAGGCAAUGUUUACACAGUGCCAGACCAGGAUCAUUCAGAUCUAGUGCUUUCCUUGUAGCAGCACGUGUUGAAACUUCCUGUAUGGUAGCAGUAGCAAAAGCUUAAACAUAGUGUCACUACUUGGCCAAGAAAUGCGCUCUUGAAUUUGCCCUUUCGUUAACCUUGCCCAAAUCUAAUUAUGACUCUUGUACAGAAUUUACAAAUAUAUACUUAAGCCCCACACGACAGUGACCAUGUUUACAUGCACAUAAUUAUGGAUUCCCUUACUCUGGAGAGAGCACUGAUUGUCUGGUCCAGUCUUUUGAUAUAAGGGACGUUUAGCUCUCGUCCCUUUCACCAUGCGAUCUUACACACUUAUUGAUGACAGUGUUUUGCCCUGUCUUUUAUUUGUCGAUAAUCUAUAGCUGUCAUCUAUAUAUUCCUUCCCCAUGGAAAUUCCGAUAAUGGCGUUAACAUGACAUUUCUGAUGUAAAUGUCUCAGAGUACCAGUACAUAGUACCUAGGCUGAGUAUAAAAAUUGCAUAUGGUGAAUGUUUAGUAUUUGGGGAAUCUGUUAUAAUUCCCACGUGUCAGUGAAAACUUUAUGCAGUAAAAUGUUAUUGAAAUGAUUGUAUGUACGUCUAAAUCCUAAAUCAAUCCAGAAAUCCUGGUCUAUAAUUACAGUUUUCUUAUUGAAUUCCAAAGAUAUCCUUAUUAUGAUUACCUUAAGAGACAAGAGAUAAGAAUAUGUUUAGGUUUUUAAGACAUUUUAAACUUGUACUUCCAGAGUGGUAUGGAUGGUACUUUUGUGCCUGUAAACAUGUCACUGUCCUUGCUCUGAAAAGUUAUUUAAUUACCCACCGUUGCUUGCAUAUGAGGUUAACGGUACCAACUGAUUUUAACAAGGCAGGUAAACACGAGCCGCAUGGUGAAAGGCCAACUCUGACUCUGUCAUGCACUGUAAGUCAUCCUAUAUGUGCAGGUCACUUACCGGCAUUUGUGAUAUAGACCUCGUAACAGCCUUCAAUUUGUAACAGUUGUUGUAGAAUCCAACCAUAUAUCUCGUGAUUCCCAAAGGACAGUUCUGUGUCAACUAUUACCCUUUGUAUAGCUCUCAGAAACUAGCCAGGCGACAUACUGUACGUAAUUAUCCAAUGUAAUAUCAAUGUUAUCAAGUGUAACUUAGAAGAUAUACCGUUAUAGAAAUUAUGACUACACAAGACCUUAGUAAGAGUAUCCUGGUCGUUGAUAUGUACAGUGAGUAUUGUAUGUUUAACUGUUCCCUGAGUAGAACCUUCCCUUAAGCUUUUUGUAUUGAUGGUAGGGUGGCAGCUUAAUAUGUUCAAAGAGGUAUGAGCAUUAUAUUUUGAAAAGAACGCCCAGUACUGUCAUUGCUAACCAUGAGUAGCCAGAAAACUGCUGGUUGGAGUAUUGAAAGAACUCCUCUGCUAGUGGUUGUACUGCUUCAUCAUGAGGGUUUGUUUGAACUGGGUCCUCAGCCAGCGUUGUAGAUUGACGUUGCAUGACUAAGACAGGAGAGUAGCAUAUAGUAGGUAUAUAUGCAAUUCCACCCACCCAGUUAUUAGAGACACUGACGCUUUAUGCACUCCCCAAACUGAAAGCAUAUUUGCCUUAACAGGGAAUUGAAGUGGGAUUAUGUAUAUCAGGUAUUUAUGGCAAAAUCUACCUUUUUAAGUCCGUUCUUACAUGUUACAUUUGGUGUACUGUAUAAAAGAAUAUGUUCAGGGUUACUGUAUGUCGUCACGCUUAAUCUUGGGAUAUUUCAUCUACUGGCACAUAACAUUCUCCCUGGAAAUGAGCAGGUUUAAGAGAUGUAAACAGUGUGUAUGUCCUGUACAGUAUGUAUGAGUUUGUGUGUUUGAGUAUCCCUGCUGCUGCUGGUGUUCAGGAUUGCUCGCCUUAGAGCCCUAGUGAUAUUUAUGUGCUGCGGACCUGUAAACAUUGUUGAAUUGUACGUGUUUUUUCGUUAACCUCAGGAACUGAGGUUUUGCCUUAUUGGGCACCCGUUGUACUUUAUAGCUGUUGUCAUCCGGCGAAAAUCUCCUACAGGACCUUGUUUCUCCAGAAGAAAUUAUAAUGAACCAAGGCCACCUCAUCCCACUGUUGCAUAUAUUGGUGUCUGUUUCUCUUAAAUAAUUAGUUUUGCUUCGAGCUGAAAUAUCCCAAGAUAAACGGUCAGGCGUUUCAUAUUUUGCUAUUUUUGCCUGUUUUCUGCAUUUAGCUUGCACACCAGCAGAUAAGAUGUGGGAUACUUGUAUAUUUUAUCUGACUAAAAUUGUAUUAAGUGAGACCGUAGCCUUGGCUGCUUUGUGGGUGCUAGAUUAUAUAGUAAGUGAACCUGCUGAUAGCGUGUGGUGCUGCCAAAGCUUGAAGGUAACAGCUGUAAUGCAAAGUUUUAAUGCAGAGGGUAAAAGGCGUUUUUUUGUUGUUUUUUUUUAAACUAACUUUUGGAUUGCAAAACACUGGAGCAGUUCUCAAGCAAAGCAGAAACUUAUUCUGUCCUAAACUGGCUGUAUCAAGGUAAAAGGAACAGUAAUCUUCAACAUUCCUGAUAGAGACUACAAUGCUAGAGUGCUGGUGUCUGUUUUUUUUAUAUGCAAAAGCUGACAUAGUUAGAUUUAAGCCUUUAUUUGCUCGGUGGGAUUUUUUUUUCUCUCUACCCUUUGUUUUUACACCAAGUGCUUUUGCAACCACCUCUUCAUUUGUCUGUGGUUGUCCUCUCCUCCAUUAGGACCCCAGACCGUGACAAGUUAUCAUGUGACUAGAGGUCUUAAAGCAUUUGAUUUGCACUGUUCAAGUACAUUUUCUAGCAUUAGCACCGUUUCAUCUGAAUGUCUGUGGUCAUGUCUCUCCUCCUUACCAACUGACUGUUGUUAUUGUUUUCCACAGUGUACUGAGAUUGUAUUGUAUAUUAAAGUAUCCUAUUUAUUCUUAUCCUUUUCAGGUGCGUUACUUGAUAACAAAGUGCACUGUACACUCUUUGUUUAGGAAGAUAUUCCAUUGGA